CACCAUUCAAACCGACAUGAAACUUAACGAGGGAAGGCCACUGCUUUGUUGACAGGGACGGGAAGAGAGCACUGCAUCAGUGCAGACGAGCAUGCAUGCAUGCUGACCCAUGUCACGCUGCAGUAGGAGCAGCCUUCUGCUGCAGCUGCUGGAGAAGUGCCAGUCCAUGCGGCAGCUGAAACAAACCCAAUCUCAGAUCAUCACCACCGGCCUCGCCCAGGACGCCUUCUUCCUCAGCCGCCUCUUGGCCAUCUGCUCCCACCCCACCCACGGCAGCCUCAGCCACGCGCAUCUCCUCUUCCGGCACAUCCACAGCCCGACGCUUUGCGUCCGCAACACCAUGAUCAAGGCCUUCCUGCUGAGAGAGGACUACGCGAACACCUUCGAGAUCUAUUGCGGCUUGCUGCGUGACGGCCUCUUCCCGGACAACUACACCUUCCCCUACGUCCUCAAGUCGUGCGCCGGCCUGCGGGACCUCAGAGCCGGAGCGCAGGUCCACAGCCACGUUGUAAAGCUUGGGUUUUGUUCCGACACUUUCGUCGGUAACACGUUGGCGCUGAUGUACGUCGCUUGCGGCGAUGUGAGCGCGGCGCGAGAAGCGUUCGACGGAAUUCUCCAACGAGAUGCCGCCUCGUGGACCGUCAUGAUUUCUGGGUACUCUCAGCUGGGUGAUGUCGAGACAGCUCGGAUGUUGUUUGACGAAUCACCGGUUAAGGAUCGAGGAAUUUGGGGCGCCGUCAUAUCUGCUUAUGUCCACAACAACUGUUUCAAAGAAGGCCUGUCGAUGUUUCGACUGCUGCAAGCAGAAGGUUUGGAGCCAGAUGAGGGAGUGUUAGUGAGCGCUCUCUGCGCUUGUGCGCAGACUGGGGCAGUGGACAUCGGGUCGUGGAUUCACCACUAUGUGAACCGAGUUGGCUUCGCACUGAGUGUAAGGUUGGGAACUGCACUUGUGGAUAUGUAUUUGAAAUGCGGCUCUCUAAAUUCCGCUAAGAAGGUAUUCGACGGGAUGACGUGCAAGGAUACUGUUUGUUGGAAUGUGAUGAUUCUUGGACUGGCAAUGCACGGCGAUGGAGAGGGAGCGCUUGAACUGUUCACUUGCAUGAAGAAGGAAGGGUUGAAGCCGGACGAUGCCACGUUUGUCGCUGUCUUGUCUGCUUGCAGUCAUUCAGGAAUGGUGGAAGAAGGCCUAGAAGUCUUCAAGAGCAUGAGGAGUUUGUAUCAUGUCGAGCCCAGAAGUGAGCACUAUGUUUGUGUGGUAGACUUUCUUGGCCGAUCGGGGCGUUUUCAAGAGGCAAAAGAAAUAAUUGAAGGAAUGCCCCGUAAUAGUAGUCCUGCAGAGAGGGCAAUGGCUUGGAGGGCGCUACUAAGUGCUUGUCGGAAUCACACAGAGGCACGAUGGGCUGAAGUUGCUGCUGGACAUCUCCUUGAGUUGGAAGACCACAGUGGAGUUUAUGUUCUUCUGUCAAACAUAUACGACACAUACGGGAAACAGGACGAUGCUAGGAGAAUGAGGAAUUGCAUGAAGUUGAGAGGAGUGCCUAAAAUGCCAGGUUGCAGCUCAAUACAGCUUGGCGGGCAUGUUCAUGAGUUUGUUGCUGGUGAGCAGAUUCAUCCAGGGAUGAAAGAAGUAUAUAGUGUACUGGAGACAAUGAAUGAACAGUUGUAGGGCUAGAUUAUUGAAGGUUGAAUAACCUAUUAUUUAGGACA